AUGACUCCCCAUCACCGUCCUCUAUAUUUCAACGCUGGUGCACAAUCCUGCUCCAGCAAAGGGUUCAACUCCGCCAAAUCAGUGAAUGCUUUCCAUACGCAGCUCGAAGAUUAUCACCCAUUUCCCCUCAUGCUGUUGCCUGGUGCGGCAGAGGAUAUUGGGGUCAAGGCCAUCUACGCGAAGAAUGAAACCAACCGACUGGGACUCCCGGCAGUCAACACUCUCAGCGUGUCAUGGGCAAUUUUUCGAGCUGUAGUAAAUCGUUUAGGGUUGCUGGAGGAUGCUACUAUCAAGGCAGUCAGGGCUUGUCUGUCUGAAGAACCCGUUCCUCUCUUCACUCCCUCGGAGGGCAACCACGGGCAGGCUGUGGCUCAUAUAGGCUUGCUCCUGGCAACACCGGUUCAGAUCCACGUCCCGGUGCACACAAGUCCUGAGACCAUCGCACUCUUGCACAUCAGAAAAGCAACAGUUGUCCAAUCUAGCGGCUCUAGCUGCGACGCGCUCUCAGAGGCGCAAAUUGCCUCCCAAUGA